AUGUCUAAUCGCUCGGAGUACUACGAAGAUAUCCCAGCUCAUUGGCCUAGUCAACCGACCCCGUAUGUCGGAGCCACCAGCCCGUACUGCACAGAGCCUCUAGCUCCAUCCAGCAUCCUGACACCAAUCAGUCUCCCGGACAGCUCGUUUCGUCCCAGCCCAGCAAUCAGUCAUCACUCACAUGGCUACGGCACACAAGAAUACCAUUAUGGGAUGAAUGACCCCAUGUCAGCCCCAGUGGGCCUCGGUAUCUCUGCACCGUUCCCAAGUGACUUCCCCCGGUCUUCAGCACCCGCUUCCGCCUAUCUGUACGCCCCGGGGCCAAGUGAUCUCCAUCAUAGCGUGGGACAAACGCCUAGCCAGUCGCCACAGGGCCCACCACCAGCUAAGCGCGCCAGGCACCCAUCCUCGGACGCACCCUCGCGGGAUCAACCAAGCAACACUCCAAUCAACAUCGCUCCCAAUCCAGAGGGCCUUCUCCGGAUGGAGCAAGAUCGCCAGAACAUCCAGCCAUCUCCACAUAUACUCCCUAAAGUCCGAGCUCCAGGCCGCGGGCGACGUGAUCCGCGAGCAGAAGACGAAGAUGCAUUUGUAGAGGAGCUGCGUGAUAGACAAACGGCCUGGAAGGUCGUGCGUCAAGAAUUCCGGGAAAGAUUCAAUAAAGAUGCCUCCGAGGCGCGCCUGCAGAUGCGUCUCCAUCGCCGACUCCGAGAGCGAAUGGUGCGCUGGGAAGAAUCAGAUAUCAAACUCCUAAUCCACGCCCAUGGGAUCUGGGCAAAAGAUAAAUUUCAUUUCCUCUCGGACAAGAUGAAAGAACUUGGGGGUACUAGACUGUAUUCACCUGAUCAAUGCAGAACUCAACUUCGACUUUUGGACACGAAAAAACAACAUCGUGAUCGCUCGAGUGAAUCGCCAUCUGCCAUGUCUGAUCCUGCUCCUACCACACCUACUGUGUCUCGAAAACGACCUCGAGCUCAGUCCCUAGAGCUGGAGACUGACAACGAGGAAGCGGCCUUUUAG